AUGCGGGUAUUAGAUUUCACUUUUAAGUUUCUAAUUAUUUGUGGUUGCUGGCAACCGGAUUCUUGGACAUCGUCAUAUAAACGUUUGAUCUACCAUGUGCACACGUUUUUCGUGUUUGUGUUAAUAAAUACGUUUACCUUAUCACAAUUACUGGAUAUUAUUCUUACUGUCGAUAAUGCAGCCGACUUCACCGAUAAUUUCUACAUGUUACUUGCAAUGUUCGUGUCUUGCUGUAAAAUGCUGAGUAUGUUGGUAAAUCGCAAGAAUAUUGCAAAAUUAAGAAGCAUUCUAAUGGAGGGAACAUGUAGACCACUGGAUUUGGAAGAAAUGGAAAUUUAUCACAAAUAUGAUAAGGGCGUGCAAGCGAACACGAUACAUUACGCAAUUCUGGUUGAGACGACUGGCGUAUGCAUUACGAUAACGUCGUUACUCACGGACUUCAGGAGACGGACAUUGACAUUCAGAGCCUGGUUACCGUAUAAUUAUUCGACGCCAAUCUUAUUUCACAUCACAUACGCUCAUCAGUUGAUAAGUUUGAUAAUGGGAUCUAUCAUUCACGUCGCUUGCGACGGCCUGAUUUGCGGACUAUUAGUGCACAUUUGCUGCCAGAUCAAAAUACUGGAAUCUCGUUUGAAAAGAAUAGCACACAAGCCUGACAUUCUUCCUGAGUGUAUUCUGCAACACAAUCGUAUUUUUGAAUUUGCUAUUAUGGUAAAUGAAAAGUUUAGAUUUACUAUUGCUAUUCAGUUUAUGGUGAGCACAUUGGUGGUGUGCUUCAACCUAUAUCAAUUAACUAGAUCGAGUGCAACGAAUGCAAAGAAUAUUCAGCUCGCGUUAUAUAUGUGCAGCAUGCUGACGCAAAUCUUUUUUUAUUGCUGGUACGGAAAUGAGGUAAAACUGAAGAGCCGACAACUCGUUAGUAAUAUUUUCGAAAUGGAAUGGUAUAUAUUGGACCAAAAUGUAAAAAAAGCUUUAUUAUUGAUUAUGAGACGUAGUACAAUGCCUAUUGAAUUUACCAGCGCCUAUAUUAUUUCUAUGAAUCUUGAUUCUUUCGUGGGUUUGCUUAAAACAUCAUAUUCAGCUUAUAAUAUUUUGCAGCAAGUAUAAUAGACACGUGAUAUAAAUAGUGA